CAAGCGCGGCCUCACCGAUCGUAACCCUAAAUCUUUCUUCUGGGUCUUCCUCUUGUUCUCUAUCGAACAACAGAGCUUUAUCCUAAUUUGCUUCACUUCCUUCUCUCCGCCGUUUUCAAUCCCUUGGUUUGAUUGUUCUUCGCCGGCGUAAAUGAUGUCCGACGAGGAAAGGGAGGAGAAGGAGCUCGAUCUUACUUCUCCUGAAGUAGUCACCAAAUACAAGACCGCCGCUGAUAUUGUCAACAGGGCAUUGCAGUUGGUGAUAUCGGAAUGUAAACCAAAAGCGAAGAUUGUUGACAUUUGUGAGAAAGGAGAUUCAUUCAUUAGAGAACAAACUGGCAAUGUGUACAAGAAUGUUAAGAAGAAGAUUGAAAGAGGCGUUGCUUUUCCAACUUGUAUUUCUGUUAACAACACUGUUUGUCACUUCUCACCACUUUCCAGCGACGAGACAGUUAUGGAAGAGGGUGAUAUGCUUAAGAUUGAUUUGGGUUGCCAUAUUGACGGGUUUAUUGCUGUUGUCGCUCAUACUCAUGUGCUCCAAGAAGGUCCCGUUACAGGAAGAGCUGCUGAUGUAAUUGCAGCUGCUAACACUGCAGCUGAAGUUGCCUUAAGGCUUGUGAGGCCUGGAAAAAAGAACAAGGAUGUUACCGAGGCAAUUCAAAAGGUCGCUGCAUCUUAUGAUUGCAGAAUUGUGGAAGGUGUUCUUAGCCACCAGAUGAAGCAGUUUGUGAUUGAUGGGAACAAGGUUGUAUUAAGUGUUGCCAAUCCUGAGACGAGGGUUGAUGAAGCAGAAUUUGAGGAGAACGAAGUGUAUUCAAUAGAUAUUGUAACAAGCACAGGUGAAGGAAAGCCUAAGUUGUUGGAUGAGAAGCAGACAACUAUUUAUAAGAGAGCUGUGGACAGGAACUAUCAUUUAAAGAUGAAAGCCUCUAGAUUCAUUUUCAGUGAAAUAACACAGAAGUUUCCUAUAAUGCCUUUCACCGCUAGGGCUUUAGAAGAGAAAAGGGCUCGGCUUGGAUUGGUGGAAUGUGUUAACCAUGAUCUUUUGCAGCCAUACCCUGUUCUUCAAGAGAAGCCUGGUGAUUACAUUGCUCAUAUCAAAUUCACCGUUUUGCUGAUGCCUAAUGGAUCUGAUCGAGUCACAUCUCAUCCUCUGCAAGAUCUGCAGCCUACAAUAACGACGGAUGAUCCUGAAAUCAAGGCAUGGUUAGCAUUGGGCACUAAGACGAAGAAAAAGGGUGGUGGAAAGAAGAAGAAAGGUAAGAAGGGUGAUAAGACAGAGGACCCUACAAGUGCUGAGCCCAUGGAUACCACAGCAAAUGGCGCUGCAUCUCAAGAAUGAGCAGUCAACAACAACCACACCCAACAAAAAAAAAAAAAAAAAAAAAAAAAGUUCCCUGCCUUUUUAUAUCUUGGAAUUUGGCUCUGCCCCCACUGUGUAUGAGUAGGUGAGUGCGGUAGCCAGAGUGAAGUGGUGAACGUCCUUUAUUGGGUACUAUUAUUAAUGAAUCCAACUUCUUCUUUUGUAAGCUCGACAUACUUGGGUUUUUGAUUUCAGACUCCAUAGACGCAGGGAGAUGUGCCACUGAAUGAGCCUAUUUUCUUUUCAUUACUAAUCUUACUUCCUUUCUGCUGA